AAACAAACCGGUGACAGGAAAUUUUCGGAAAAAUAUGGACAUUUUAUGGAAUCUGAGCUUCUGUCCUAUUUUAUGUGAAUAUAUUAAUGAAAUAUGUAUAUGAGAAUACUCAUAGAUACAUGACAUAUCACAUAUAUUAUCUACAACAGGGAACUCGCAGAUUAACACGACUCUCGCGAAAAGUCAUGACACAUGAUUUAAUUGAAAAAGAAAUCUGCUUGUAUUUCAUCUUAUGUUUUGAGACAGAACGGAGUAAAACCGUCAGCAAUAUUCAUAUCUUAUAUUAGAUUUACAAUUUCAAACUAGAAUUGACUUGCAACUGCUCCAAAAGAAGAUAUGGAAUAUGCAAAUCUGCUGACAUGUUUUUGUCACUACUUUGUAUUGAUAAUUGCAUUUAAGGGUGUGCUAUGCAGUUGUGCUCUGCCAAAAUUGCUUUUGAUAUCCAUGGAUGGGUUUAGGUAUGAUUACCUUGAUUUAAUCCCACCAGAUGAAACUGAAAACUUCCAAUACAUGAUAAAUAAUGGGGUAAAAGCAAAGUCAGUAAUGAAUGUUUUUCCAACUGUGACUUACCCAAAUCACUACACGCUUAUUACUGGGAUGUAUCCUGAAAGCCAUGGAAUAGUUCAUAACAGAUUUUAUGAUGCCUAUUGGAAAGAGUACUACAUGUAUAAUAAUACUAGGGAUAAUAUUGAUCCAUUCUGGUACGAUGUAGGCGCUGAACCCAUUUAUGUUACAAAUAAAAAAGCAGGCACUUCAAGGAAUUCGGGCUCUGUGGUUUGGCCAACAGGCAUUGGGAAAGUGAAAGGCAUUGGGCCUGACAGAGUAAUCCCAGGGGCAAAUGCAUUUACUCAAAUAAAUUUUACUGAGCGUGUGGAGACACUAAUUGAAUGGUUCACAGAUAAGACUGCCCCAAUUAAUUUAGGACUUUUGUAUUUUCCAGAGCCAGAUGAAAUUGCUCAUGAGACAGGUGCAGGUUCUGUAAAUGUGACAGAUUUUAUCAAAGGGGAAUUGAAUAAUGUUCUUGGAUAUCUUUUUAAGAGAUUGAAAGAGGUUAAUUUAUUUGAAGAGAUGAAUAUCAUUUUGACAGCCGACCAUGGAUUUGCCAAUUAUACCAAAGAUAAAGCCGUGUUGCUUUGUGAUUACUUGAACUCUUCUUGGUAUAAAACAGGGGCUGAAAAUUUUGGAAGUAAUGGCAAUCAUAUAACUGUGAAUGUAUUUCCGGAAGAAGAUCACGAAGAAAAUAUUUUAAAAGCACUACAUAAUGUCACCUCUUUGAAAGUCUACAAGAAAGGUGACAAAGAUCUUGUCUAUCUACACUAUAACUCUAGUGUCAGGAUUGCUCCAAUUGUUCUCACAGGGUCAGAAGAGGGAGUGGCUAUAUUUCCUGAUGCAGCUAGUCGAGAUACAUUUGCAAAUGUUGGUGUGCAUGGAUACAAUCCUAAUAUAGUGCCCAAUGUGCGACCAUUCUUCCUAGCAGUGGGACCAGCUUUUAAGAAGGGUCACGUUUCUGAACAGUUCAAUUCAGUGGACAUUUACCCUUUGAUGUGUCAUAUAUUGGGUAUUGAACCUGCCCCAAAUAAUGGCUCCUUUGAGAAUGUGAAAGGUUUACUGAGAGAAAAAUCUAUAACAGAUGCCGUUACAAUAACAGGGAUUUCAUUUCUGAUCAUAGUUGGACUAAGUGUUACACUGGCUGGAAUUUAUGCUAUCUGUGCCUGUCAUAAUGCUAGAAACAAACCAAGACUUCUGUUGCAUGGCAACAAUAGAGCAUCCGGAGUUACCUCCCUUAGAUCUCCAACACACCAUUUGCUCAACAGUGAUGAAGAUGAUGAUGAAUUUUAAGCCUUUGUUUGUUAAUUUGUUUUAGUAUUUGUGACAUGUACACACAAAAAUUUAAGCAUUAUUUUUGAGAUUGUAUCAGGUAUUUAUUUAAUGUCUUGUUGAUGUGUUCAUUCACCUGUUUGUUGCUAAAAGUGUUUCCCUGUGGAAACAUAUUUGUUUUAAACUGAUAUUGUAUAUUUCAUUUGUGAGAGAGGAAAAGAGAGAUGUACAGUUCUUAAACACAGUUAUAUUUAUGCUGCUGUUUUCAUUAUGGAAUCUAGGUAUUUUCACUUUAACACGUGUAAUAAACUAAGAGUUUAAAAUAGUUACAAGGAGAAAUAUAAACACAUUUUUAGCUCAUCUGAUUUUUUGAAAAAAAAUGAUGAGUUAUUGUCAUCACUUGAGCAGUUGUCGGCGUCGGCGUCGGCGUCUGCGUCUGCGUCGGCGUUGCCUGGUUAAGUUUUAUGUUUAGGUCAGCUUUUCUCCUAAACUAUCAAAGCUAUUGCUUUGAAACUUGGAAUACUUGUUCACCAUCAUAAGCUGACCCUGUAUAGCAAGAAACAUAACUCCAUCUUGCUUUUUGCAAGAUUUAUGGCCCCUUUUGUACUUAGAAAAUAUCAGAUUUCUUGGUUAAGUUUUAUGUUUAGGUCAGCUUUUCUCCUAAACUAUCAAAGCUAUUGCUUUGAAACUUGGAAUACUUGUUCACCAUCAUAAGCAGACUCUGAACGUCAAGAAACAUAACUCCAUCUUGCUUUUUGCAAGAUUUAUUGCCCCUUUUGGACUUAGAAAAUCAGUUUUCUUGGUUAAGUUUUAUGUUUAGGUCAGCUUUUAUCCUAAACUAUCAAAGCUAUUGCUUUAAAACUUGCAACACUUGUUCACCAUCAUAAGUUGACCCUGUACAGCAAGAAACAUAACUCCAUCCUGCUUUUUGCAAGAUUUAUGGCCCCUUUUGGACUUAGAAAAUAUCAGAUUUCUUGGUUAAGUUUUAUGUUUAGGUCAACUUUUUCUCUUAAACUAUCUAAGCUAUUGCUUUGAAACUUGCAACACUUGUUCACCAUCAUAAGCUGACCCUGUACAGCAAGAAACAUAACUCCAUCCUGCUUUUUGCAAUAAUUAUUGCCCCUUUUGGACUUAGAAAAUCAUUUUCUUGGUUGAGUAUUAUGUUUAAGUCAACUUUUCUCAUAAACUAUCAAAGCUAUUGCUUAAAAACUUGCAACAGUUUUUCACCAUCAUAAGUGGACACUGUACAUCAAGAAACAUAACUCUAUUCUGCUUUUUGUAAGAAUGAUGGCCCUUUUUAGACUUAGAAAAUCAUGGGUAGGACAAUAUUUCUAUUACACAAAAAAAAUCAGAUGAGCGUCAGCACCCGCAAGGCGGUGCUCUUGUUAGUAUUGUAUGUAUGUAAUAAUGUUGCAUUUUGAAAAUGUUCAGACCUAUUAAAAGAGAAAUAUUAAGGAGAUGCUAGUUGAGAUUGAUGUUGGUACCAUUAGACAUGUUCACUAUCUGUUGAUUUAAUUCAGACAGUUGCAUGCCUGGAGUCUGUAUGAAGCAAAACUAUAUUUAGAUUUUUUUUUUCAACAGAAGCUAUUCAUCUAAUUUUUUCCCAUGAUAUUAUAUCACUAAAUGUGUAAGUGAUGCAAUUGGAUCAAAAUGAUGCAUUUAAAAGUGAAAGAGAAAACUUAUUUUGCUAAAAACAAAUGUUAUAAUUAGUUUGUAAUUAUGAGACAACAAACCUAUCUAUAAUGGUUAACUCCCCUUUUUAUUAUUACUACCAGACACACAGUCAGUGCAAGAAAAGAAAGAUUUUUUACAGGAGUAUUGACAGUGAGAUGUCAGAAUGUGAAAUGGAGACUUAACCCUUACCAUGCUAAAUUUCUAUUAUGGACUGGUCCAUCUUCCAAUUUGGGCAGUACCAUUUAUCAUCUGAAGGGGUGUUUACUAAAAAUUUACUGACUGAAUAGCAAACAGUGCAGACCAUGAUCAGACUGCACGGAUGUGCAGACUGAUCUUUGUCUGCACUGGUCGCAAAGGCAGAAUCACUUGCCGCCAGCAGGCUAAGGGUCAAAAUAUUAGAUAUACAGACAAGAGUAUAAAAUCAGGUUAAAAACAUACAUUACUACAAUUAAUUGUAUGUAUUUUGGCAUACUGCCAGCUUCAAAGGAUUUAAGUGUAGGUAGAAGAACAAUUUCAGUUGGAUGGUUGUUCAACAGGAUAAGGAUGAUUAGAAAAAAGAAAAAAAGGCAGUUGUAUGAUGUUAUCUAUUGCAAUUGUACGCUAAAGGGUGUGUUUGACGAGUCCUGGGUCUUUCAAAAUUUAGCUGCUUUCACAUUUCAUAUUAUAGUAACUUUAUAGUUAUUUUCCAUUUAGAAUAGACUGCAUAACAUUUUAGGAUUAUAGACACAUAUUGUUGACCAUAUGUACAAGUCAUUUUCAUAGCAAUCAUGUCUUGAGAGGCAACUGUGAGAUGACAACCUUGUGUUCAUGAAGUGCUCCAGUCUUGAUGAAUACUCCAUAUAAUUUGUUGUUGCCUUUGUAAUGAUAGAGAGGCUGUGAUUUCUCAUUUUGCUAGUGGCACAAAUAACAUUAUGUUAGUUUGUUAAGUCUUUUUAUUUGUUUUUUUUUGCUGUUGUUGGUAUUUUUGAACAUAUAUAUGAUUCAGAUUUUUUAUAUUUUUGGGAAUGAUGUUUACUUGGGACCAAAUGUGUUAAAUUGUUUAAUUUUUGCCCUAAUGUGAGGAAAUCCACUAACAUUAUUCCAGAAAUCUCUAAUAUUGUACGAUGUUUUUGGACCGUUUUAACUGUUAUGUUUUUGAGGACAGUAGGUCAGUAGAUUGAAAAUAGUGUCUGAGUAAAUAACUGAUGUUCUAUGUUUCUUGUU